AUGCCUUCUUCAGCAUCAGGAGAGACCUUAGCCGAGCGCGCUCGGCGUAUUCUUGGCUUGGAUCUGGAUGGUUGGCUCUCAGCCGAAUUGCGACAAUCGGACGACGUUCCGAGUCAAGGGAACCGAAGCAAGCAGGUUGCCGACGCACAGCGGAAGCAUCGCCAGAGAACCCAGAGCUAUAUACAGGCCCUGGAACAAGAAGUCUUGCGACUACGCAAGGCUGAGCUUACCUUGAAGGAAGAGAUCAAGGAAGCCUAUAGAGAUGCCCAUCACGCUAUGCACCAAUCACAAGAUGCUCCAGCUGUCAUGGAAGUCGAUGAAAGUGCUACAGCGACUGUUUCAGUUGAGCAGAACUUAGCAAUUGAUUGGAACGCAAUUCUGAAUACUACUCCAGAACCUGCAUGCUGCAUCUCGGCGGCUGAAAGCACACCUGUAGUUGGAGAUCAGUUUAAUGCUGGAGACCAGUACCAAAUGCCCACUUGGCCGUGGGCCUUGUCUUUUGAUAAAGGGGUCGGUUCCUUAGACCAGCCGUUGCCCAUUGGGGGACUUCAAGUACGCAAAACGCCCCUAGACCCGCAGAUGGGCCUUGACCUUAUUUUACUGCUUGAAAGACCUUGUCUCGGUCAUUUGCACAACUCGUCUACUACCGAUUCGCGGCGGGAGGGAUAUGUCGCAGCUCACGUGCCAUAUAAUUGGGGCACAAGACAUGCUUACAACCUAUCUACUAGGCUUGUUCAUAACCUUGGGCCUGCAGAAUCGAUCUCCCACAACCAGAUUACGAACACUGACCUUGACAAGUUACUUGAAGCUAGUGAGCGACUAUAUUUACCGGAUGAGCUCACCCCCGUUCAGGUCUGGGCCUUGGUUCGCAAGCUAGACGAAGUAAUUCGAAUGGAUCCUGAUUUGGUCUCGGCCAUGUUCACAGAUCUUUCUAAGUACAGCUAUUGCAAUAGUUUCGGUUCAGCUAUCAGUAAAAGCACCGUCAAGGCAGCUUUCGCAUUCUAUCUCGGAUGCAAUCCUCCGGAUUGGCGAUUCAAAGUGCCGGCUCAUCUUGAUUAG